UUGGACCCCUUUAAAAUUAUAUACUUACAACUCAAUCCCCUCCAUAUUUCUCCACAAUAAUCCAUCAAUGGAGCAGCUGAACUUGCAGCCUAUGAGUCCCAAGCCCUUCUUUGAAGGGGACGCCGGAUCCUAUCAAAAAUGGCUGCCCUCCGACUAUCCAUUGCUUGCUCAGACCAAGGUUGCCGCCGGCAGGCUUCUCCUCCGCCCUGGCGGUUUCGUCGUUCCUCACUAGGCUGAUUCCUCCAAGGUGGGCUACGUUCUUCGUGGCGACGGAGUUGCCGGAUUUGUGUUUCCGAACAAGUCCGACGAAGUGGUGGUGAAGUUAAGAGAAGGAGAUUUGAUCCCAGUGCCAGCAGGAGUCACGUCGUGGUGGUUCAACGAUGGAGACUCCGAUUUUGAGAUAGUCUUUUUGGGUGAAACCAAAAGUGCGCAUGUGCCUGGGGACUUUACUUACUUCAU